AUGGCGGGUACCAGACUGAACGGUGGAAUCGCCCUUGUGACUGGUGCCGCAUCAGGCAUUGGGAAAGAUGUCUGCUUCGCUCUCGCCGAAGCCGGCGUCGAAGCAAUCCUCCUGGCGGACCUGAACCUUUCUACAGAUCUCACUCGCCAGGAGUGUCAAAAGUUCGCCUCCCACUCCAACUUCCGUGCCUUGUCGGUAAUGGUAGACGUCACCGAUGAGGCCAGCGUCGACAAUAUGGUCCAGCGCGCCGUGAGCGAGCUCGGGCGUAUUGACUACUGCGUGCACUCCGCGGGCAUCUCUGGUAACUCGCGCACCCGCACCGCAUCCCUGAACAUCGACGCAUUCGACCGAUCCAUGAGAACCAACUCCCGCGGGACUCUGCUGGUGCUGCGGGCUGUCUCCCAUGCCAUUCUGGGCCGCGGGUCGAUCGUCGUGCUGUCUUCGAUCAAUGGCCUGAUCUCAGUGCCCGGCAUGAUGCCGUACACGGCAUCCAAGCACGCGACCAUCGGGAUUGCCCAAACCGCCGCCGUCGACAACUUUGAGCAUCACAUCCGCGUGAACAUUGUAUGCCCGUCAUGGACCGAUACGCCCAUGAUGCAGAAGACAAUCAGCAACGUCCCUACUUUGGAGCAGGCAAUUGCGAAACUGUGCCCCCUCGGGAGGCUCGCCAUGCCAGAGGAGGUAUCUGAUGCAGUCGCGUUUCUCUGUAGCCCGGCCGCUUCCUUUAUCAAUGGAGAAAGUCUGGUGAUUGAUGCAGGCUUCAGCUUGACGGGGUUCCGGAUGGGCCACUAA